CAGUUUAUUGCGGUUAGCUCAAUGUCAGAACCAACCACCUACGCUGCAGUGACCCACGGUGCGUUAACUCACGGCAGCACCACUUACUAUGCACUUAACUCCACUGGAGGAACAGUUGCUACUGUAGAAAAAGAAGCAGUGGAAACACACGACAACAUAUGGUCGGCACGAGAGUUGAAUAUCCUGGGUGGUUUCCUGUGGUUAGCAGUUAUUAUAACACUGGUCGGUAACCUCUCCUGCUUCUACGCGGUCUGGAAGAACCUUAAGAAGAUUCUAGAACACCCGUUUUUCCAGUCAAAUGUAUUUUGUGUGUUAUUGUCAGUGGUGGAUGUGUUGCUGGUGUUACUGGUUGGAAUACCUGCUGCUGUCUUCUUUACUGCUGAGUCAGAGUGGCUUGGUAACUCUUUCUAUAACUUAGCGAUGGUGGAGGCUAUUCUUGACUACCUAGUGUGGUUACAGCUCCUGCUAGUAGUUGCUAUCUGUCUGGACAGGGCUGGACACAUCUGCAGACCACUUACGUACACCUUCUCUAUAAAAGCCAGGAAAACAACUGCUGCGUGUUUGUUCUGUGUUAUCAUCCCCUUCCUCCUACUCACUGUGCCGUAUAUCAUUGUACUUAACAAGAGCAUGGCUAUCGCUGCAGAAACUGUUAGCUCCCUUGACGAUAGAGAAAUAGCAAGGUCUUUUAUCGAGAGAUCGACCUUCAAAUGCAAAUCUUAUGCUUACAAUAACGGGACUGAUGCAGACAUCAACAUAUUCAUGAGUUGCACAGUGAUGACUCCACCUAAAGAUAAGUGGGAGGGUGGUAAACACUUCCUGAAGUGGGAGAAUGUGGCACAUCCCAUGGUCCUCCUGGCUGCUAUCCUGAGUCUGCUGGUUUCCAAUGGGCUCAUCAUCCGCAAGUUGGUCGAGAGCGCUGCUUUCCAGAAAGACAACGCUAAACGACAAGAAGAGGUAGCUAAAAGUAUCCGCAUGAGCUCCAUAGUCUCCACACUACAAGCAGUGACACUGUUAGUGUGUACCUUACCUAUGAGAGUCGCUCAGAUGGAGAAGAGAUUUGAGAUUUGGGAAAGAGUGUGACACUUCAAUUAAAGAUAACGAAUGUGUCUUUAAUGCUACUAAAUAUUCCCAUCAUUACAUAAUGAUAACUAAAGUGCUAGUGUUUCUGGGACCAAUGGUGAAUCCCUGGCUCUACCCUAUCAGGAUGGCGAGUAUAAGAUCCUUCCUCGCAACCAAGAAACGUUCAGUUGUUUCAUCAGCAGUGAGACGCUUUACAGUAACCAGUAGGACUAGGAGUUCUGAGUAUCGUUCAAAACACCACAAAACUGAAUACGUCACUCUUGAGACUGAGGACCGGAGGAACCAUGGUGAACCUCAAUCUGUCGAUGGCAAGUCAAAAGAAUACGGUCGUGUCUGAGAGUACUAAUGCUUGAGAAGCUUUCUGAGAGCUCUACUUUUACGAAGACUAAAUAAAAAAGUGAAACAUAAAGUCGUAGGACUCAUCAAAAUUAAAUAACGAUCGUUUUUUAACGCCUUAUUGAAUGGAAUUCACAAAGAUAAUUAUCGUGCUGACGCUUUUGAUUUCGAAUUUUAUAAUUAUAGACAGCAUAAUAGUAAUAUAUUACUAUUAUAAUUUUGAUGUAUGAAAUGUAAAACUUUACAAACCUCAACACAUUAUUAUUAAUCAAUCAUUCAUCUUUUAAUUAGUAGUGGAUCGAAUUGAAUAUGGUAAAUAGUUCUUUAUCGCAGUUGAGAGUUAUACUAGAAAUUUACUUUUAUCAAAGAAAAUACUUUUAUAUUCCGUUAGUAAUUUUCACUGAAAUUCUUUUAGUUGAUUUGAAAGUGUUAUUUAAAUUAUGGGUGACCGAGUUUGUAAUAGCUUCUGAAACAAAAAGUAACAAUAUGUCAUGUGUCAGCAGUGGGAAGAAUGUCUAUUUACUAAUUAAUUAUGAUCAUUCCGUGUCUAACUAAUUACCUAUAACAUAUUAAAGGUACCGUUAGUAGACAAAACAUUUGUUAAAUAACAAUUAUAUUUAAAGAAAUUUCUGAAUUCUUAUUAUUUAAUUCUAAUUUUUUAAUUUAAA